GGAGCAGCGGGGUCCGGCGGGGAAGCAGGCGGCCGCCCCACGGCAGCUGCAGGGCGCGCGGCGCUCGGACCGCGGGAGCCGGGGGUGCGCGCCCGCGGCUCGGCCCAUGCGGGCGUCGGGGGCGCGGGGAUGAGGGCGCCCGCGCUGCUGCCGCCCGCGUUGCUGACCUGCUGCGGCUGGCUGCUCGCCCCGGUGAACAGUGUUCACCCAGAAUGUCGAUUUCAUCUGGAAAUACAGGAGGAAGAGACAAAAUGUGCAGAGCUUCUAAGAACUCAAACAGAAAAAUACAAAGCCUGCACUGGCGUCUGGGACAACAUUACGUGCUGGCGCCCUGCGGACGUAGGCGAGACUGUCACAGUGCCCUGUCCUACAGUGUUCAGCAAUUUUUACAGCAAACCAGGAAACAUAAGCAAAAACUGCACCAGUGAUGGGUGGUCAGAGAUGUUUCCAGAUUUCAUAGACGCGUGUGGCUAUAAUGACCCUGAGGACGAGAGCAAGAUUGCGUUUUACGUUCUGGUGAAAGCCAUUUACACGCUGGGCUACAGUGUCUCCCUGAUUUCCCUGACAACCGGAAGCAUAAUUCUUUGCCUCUUCAGGAAGCUGCAUUGUACCCGGAACUACAUCCACCUGAACCUGUUCCUCUCCUUCAUCCUAAGAGCCAUCUCAGUGUUGGUCAAGGACGAUAUUCUGUACUCCAGCUCAGGCACGCUGCACUGCCCUGACCAGCCAUCCUCCUGGGUCGGCUGCAAGCUGAGCCUGGUGCUUUUCCAGUACUGCAUCAUGGCGAACUUCUACUGGCUGCUGGUGGAGGGGCUGUACCUGCACACCCUCCUGGUGGCCAUAUUUUCCCCCGGCCGACGCUUCGUGGCCUAUCUCCUAAUCGGAUGGGGCAUCCCCACCAUCUGCACAGGCGCAUGGACCGCGGCCAGGCUCUCCUUAGAAGACACAGGUUGCUGGGAUACCAAUGACCACAGUGUUCCCUGGUGGGUUAUACGAACACCCAUUUUAAUAUCUAUUAUAGUCAAUUUUGUCCUUUUUGUUAGUAUUAUACGGAUUUUACUCCAGAAGUUGACGUCCCCAGACGUCGGCGGCAAUGACCAGUCACAGUAUAGGAGGCUGACCAAGUCCACUCUGCUGCUCAUCCCCCUGUUUGGAGUGCACUAUAUGGUGUUUGCCGUGUUUCCUAUUGGCAUCUCCUCCAAAUACCAGAUACUGUUUGAACUGUGCAUCGGAUCGUUUCAGGGCCUGGUGGUGGCGGUUCUCUACUGUUUUCUCAACAGUGAAGUGCAGAGUGAGCUGAAGAGGAAGUGGCGGGGCUGGUGUCCGAGCCAGCGCUGCGGCAGGGACCACAGGUUCCACGGCUCGUCCGUCUCGAGGAACGGCUCGGAGAGUGCCCUGCAGCUCCACCGGGGCUCCUGUGCCCCGUCCUUCCUGCAGACAGAGACCUCGGUCAUCUAGCGUGCCACCACGCUGCAGACUCCCCAGAGCCCUCGGGCCUCCCCUGGAGCCAGCACCGUAGAGAAAUCCUCCAUAACAUGAUGGGGCUGGCCUCUGCUCACCCAUCACGGGACUGGGUUACAUUGUAACUGGGUCUUAAAUCCAGUUAGUGUUAAACUCCAGCAGGUAGGUCAUUUUGCUCGUAAUGUCGUCUGGCCAAAUAGACACAUUUUCAAAGAGAACAGGGAGACAAGAGACGGCCCCUGACCAGAACUCGGGUCCAGCUGUAAUGGGAAGAAAUCAAGGGGGGUUUUCUCACCUCGAUGCCAGUUCUGGGCAGGAGGCAGUGGCCUGACCUGGGGGCUGGGCCCUCCCUCUGCAUGACCCCCACCACUGGGCGGUCCCCACUUGGGCAGCCCUCUUGUCUGCAGGACUCAUGCACAGAAGCCCUUUGAGGAUUUCCGUGAGACUCCGGCCAGUCCAGGUGGAACCUGCCCCUGCUGGGCGCCCCUGCUUUUCCCCUUCUGCCCCAGGGCCUCCUCUCCCUGCUUGUCCACCAGGACAGCCGGCCUGGCCCAAGGAAAGUGCAGAGACAGCUGUCAGAUGAUAGCAGGAGGGGUGGCACAUCACCCCUCAAGGGCACCUGCGCCCUGUGAGGGGCCCUCAACCACUGAAACAGACUCUUCCUGAGGCCACUUCAGGCCUCUUCCCCCAAGAGCAGUGAGAAGGCUGGGCUUGUGGGAUCUGGUCAUGGGGGCGACAGAGACACUAGACAUUUUAUUUAGUGGGAGCAGAAACUUAUUCUCCUCUUAAUGAAAAUCAUCUUACAGUCAUUUCUGUUUAAAUGGAGAAUUAGUCUAACAAAAUAUAAAAAUGUGUCGAGCGCUUCUGUCCAGAAUUGACAAGCAGCAGCCCUAGCUUCCAGUUCCCUUGAUGUCUACAGACUUGGAGAGAGGUCUGGGUGGCUGAGCAACCACAGAGGGAGCAGGAAGUCAGCGAGCAGACUGAGGCCACACUGUCCCGGCCCUAACCCUGCACACCCAAUAGACGGGCUUUCUGCCCAAACCCCAUCUGGCUGCUGCACUCAGUUCCUCAACCCUUUGUAUGAUACCGCUGUCCCCCCAAAAUGAGGCCACUAAGUCUUCUUCCUGAGGCCACAGGGCCACAGGGCCAACGACGGAGGCCACAGACGGAGGCCACAGGGCCAACGGCCUCGAUGGCCGGUGCCAGGGAGUGGGGUGGGGCAGACGGGGGCAGGCCAGAGUGGAAGCCGCUAGUCUUGGGUCCCGCAGCUCAAGUUGGUGUGUGUAAAAGGCCUGGACAGACAGGGACGCAGAGCGGCUGUGUUCAGAGGCCACCUGGAGCCAGGGCCCCCACCUCAGAUGAUUUACUGUAACCGGGUCCAUGUGACCAGCGGAGAGCCAGACCCAGGCUUAUGUGGGGCCGCAGGCUGUGCUCCUGCGUUAGACAUGCACUGGCCAUCCAGGGACCUUCUCCUCAGCCGGCAUGGCCAAGGCCCAGUGAGGUGUUGACCGGUCUGUCUUGCCUGGGAAUGGGAAGGGGGACGGGAAAUUGAAUAUUUACUAACAGCAGGAGCUGGUGGUCUAAGAAUCAACAUGUGUCAUCUUAAAUGUUGUCAAUGUGUAUGGAACACCCACAAGUCACAUGUGGAAACUUCAAUAAAACCCCAUUUCCUAUC